CAUACUAUGAUAUGGACACAGGAAGUUGUCCAGUGUGGAGCAAUUUUGCAGUUUUUAGUAGUGGAUGCAGUUUAUCGGCCUGCUGCAGAAAAAACAUGACAGUCAGAAGGUUGAUGAUGAGUCAUUUCAGUUGCUGUCCCUCCGUCAGUCAGCUUCCAGGUUGUGUGUUGUCUUCGUCACAGUGAACGUCUGCCUCAACAAUGGGCCUGUUUCUGGAGCUCCCACCUGUUUUUGAGGACAGCUUGUCAGCCUUGGCUCACACAGCUUUCUGUUGUUUAGACUGUCUGUCAGCCUGUUUACACUUUCAUUCAACAAUAAUAUAAGACAGAAAUUGAAAUGCAGGAACAUUGAAACCCAUGUACAACGACACAGUGACUUUAAUUAUUAUGUGUAGGGUGCAUGGCACCCCCCCCCCAUUUGCCUCCAGUCUGUGUAUGUUUAUUGGUGACCCAUUGGUAACUCGAGAACAAAUUGAUGUGUGUGUGCAGAUGUCAUUUAUUUCCACUCUGUCCCCCCAGAGCUCUACAUGCAGAGGCAGCUGGGGGUUCAGAUGCUGUUGACCUGUUCUUGUGCUGCCAUCAACAAACAACAGUUUACGACGCACAGCGGCGUAGCCAUGGAUCCUCUUCCUAAUCUGACCCACUGCUACUUACUUCUUCCCCUCAGUGGACGCCAGCAUCGUUGUGACUGUGAAACCCGGUCCUGCCACGGGAGCAUUCACAAGCGUGUGUGUGCGCACGAGGUUAAGUGUCGGCCUUGGAACUGGACGCAGCCAUUACAGAGGUAUCACACACAAUGAGGACUCACGCACGCCGGUCCCUGCAGGGCCAGUAUCACUUACGAAAGUUAAAAAUAAUUCCAUUCCUGGCCAAGUUUUGUCUCUACAUUGUCAACGCAUAAACUGAAUGACUUUGUGUUUACGCUAGCGCGACACAAAUGUCUGCACAAACUCUUAUGGCAACAGUUUCUCUUAAAACACAACCAUGAAAUUCCCCCGUGAACGGAUCCAGUUAUUUUCUUACAGUGUUUUCAUGAGUGUCUCUGCAUAGCUGUGCAGUGACACAUCCACGUUUUAUGAUCUGACUUAAAUGCGGGUUUGUUGCACUGUAUAAAUCAUAUUUCACUCACUCUUAUGCAACUCUGAUGUUUCAACAUGAAAACCCUAAGAGUCCAAAGCUGCUGGCUGACAGGAGCAGCUCGUCAGCCAGGCCCGAAGCCGCUCGCAUGAGCUCAUCGCCGCCAAGCUGCUGCAGCGCAGUUACGUUUUUUUUUUUCUUUUUUGACACUUCAUGCAACAUGACCCUGUGGGAGAAACUGGCAGGCUCCGGAGGUGAGUGAGAACAUAAGCUGAGUGAGUCGAGGUCUCUCAUUCAGAACAGUGACGGCAAUUAGCAUCUUUGCUUUUUUAAACACCCUUUUUGUUGAAAAUCAGUCUGGUGUUACCCCCGAUGUGUCACAACACCUCAGGAGAGACAAGCCAGACAGUCACGCCGUCAUUAGAGCUGUUUAUUAUUCAGACAUCACAGGAAUGCUGAGAUCCGAGCUGCAGUCGAGAGGCAGAAAGUGAAGGAGGAACAUCGAGGCAAAGUGAACCUGUAAGCAGCCGUCGGUGUGUGGAACAGACGAGGAUCCCCCCGCGCUGACCCCAACCCUCUUAAACAGAUACAGGGGGACGUGGGGGAUGACGGAGGGAAAUUAAAGAGGGCUGCAGAGGGCAUCACUCGCAACUAGUGGGGAUAAAGCUCAGCACAGCGACCCAUUCACUGACUGAGCGGAGCACGAUGGAGGCCCCGGCCCUGGCUGACAUGGGGGACCUGUGUCACCCCCGGCCCCCCUCCCCAGAGGGGGAGACGGUGUGCGGCGCUCUGGCGCGCUACGAGAGCACCCUGCGCGACGCCAUCCGCGAGAUCCACGUGGACGUCAGCGCCUUCAAGCUGGGCAUGGAGCGGCGCCUGGAGGACGCCGCCAACCUGAGCGGCCCGCUGGGCCGAGCGGUGGCCCAGCUGCAGCAGGAGAACCGCCAGCUCCGGAACCAGCUGGAGGCUCUGACGCGACAGGUGGAGCUGCUCAGCGGGGCCGGUUUGCUCAACAACAACCACGACCACAUUCGGAAUCACAAGAACCACCUCAAUGACAUCCAGGAGAACCACGAGGAGGUGAAGGAGGUGGUCCACGCGAGGGCUCAGGCUCAGAGCCAAGCUCACCUGCACAUCCAGACUCUGGGGAACCAGGCCCAGACCUACAGCAGCCUCAGCGGUCAGUCAGGUCCAGCCUCCCCCCCCGCCGCCUUCUCGCCCGCCUCCAACCCCAGCAGCCCACCUGCCGGCUCCCGGGUUUCCUCCAUGGUGACUGGCCCCGUGUCCAGCAGCAGCCCCUCCACCGCCCGCUUCUCCAGCCGGGCCACGUUCGCCCUGUCCAGCAAGACCAACAGUACUGAGCGGGAAGAGCCCAUAGAAGUGGACCCUGCCCCCACACACAAUGGACAUGCUGCUGCAACAGAGCAAUCAGUGUUUGCACAUGGAAAGGUCUCGCCGCCCAACGACUUCCCACUUGAGCACACGGCCCCCGUCGCCGUGCGGAUGCCCCACCUUCCCAUCACCGCCACCACCAAGACGGCAGAACUCAAGGGCUCCCCCGACUCCCCCGGCUGUCCCUUUGGCUCCGGCCCGGCUCCCGCCACCGAGGCUCCUGCUCAGACAGCCACCAGCACCGGCCAGUCCCAGGCAACAGAGGAGUCUCCCAUCCAACCAGUAUCAUCUGCGAAAACAUGGACCCCUACACCUAUUAGAGCCCUGGGGUCCCCCUGCCUUCACGAGAAGACAAAUUCGGCACCAGUUAAGUCUGUGAGCUACUCGGGGCUGCAGCAGUGCGAGCGAGACACUGACGCCUACAGUGACAGGUCAUUCGGGCCGAUGGGGGAGAGGAGACGAGAACUUCACCGCUCACAGACGCUGCCUCGAAGCAUCGGCGCCCAGGCUCGUCGAUCUAUAUUCGAGAGACUGGACCCUGAGGCCACUAGCAGUCGCCUCAAACCCGUGGACUCUAAGCCCAAACUGAAGCGGUCUCAGAGCUUUGGGGUGUCCAGCGCCAGCGGCAUCAAGCAGAUCCUCCUCGAGUGGUGUCGUUCCAAGACCAUCGGCUACCAGAACAUCGACAUCCAGAACUUCUCGUCCAGCUGGAGCGAUGGGAUGGCUUUCUGUGCCCUGGUCCAUUCCUUCUUCCCCACAGAGUUUGACUACGACUCCCUGUCACCUCAGGACCGCAAGCACAACUUUGAGCUGGCCUUUGGAGCAGCAGAGCUGAAGGCAGGCUGUGAUCGGCUGAUCGAGGUGGACGACAUGAUGAUCAUGGGUCAUAAACCAGACCCCAUGUGUGUUUUCACCUAUGUCCAGUCUCUCUACAACCACCUGCGCAAGUUCGAAUGAAGCUGGAGCUUUUCGUCUUCAUAUUUUCCCUGUGAAUCAUUGUGCUACGGCCGGAUCCACGUUCUCUACAAAACCUUGAACUGUGCAGGGACCAGUCAGAGGUACUUUGAAAAAACUUGACUCCCCCUGGUGGUGGUCUAGUGAACAUUCCUCCACGCGGGGACGAAGCUCAAACACUGACUGGGUAAAACGCUGCAUUUGUGUCCAAUCACGUUUUGUUAAGACGAAUGAAGAAGAUCAGUUCACACAAAUGCCUUCACCAACAGUCUUUUUUAACUCGCCUGUAGCUUCACUGCAGAGCUGCUGAGCAGGUUUUGAGCAAGCAAUGCUGUGUUUUAUGAGUGUAAUUAUGAAUCACCACGUUUGAAACUGAGCGUCCGAGCGUUAACACUGCGCCACUGAAGAAGAGCUCUACACAAAUGUCUCCUUCUGUUUAGAGUAAGUGUGAAAUAAAAGAAUGUGAUGUGAUUUGCAUCCACGCAUGCUGUGAUACCGUGCUGUUGAGAUGUGAGAAAUCAUUUCAAUAAACUGUGCUGUGUGU